CCAUAUCUACAAAUCCCUUAUCUUCUCUUCUAUCUCUCUUUCUCUUUCUUUCUCUUCUUCUCUGCAUCAACCAAAAUUCAAUUGCCAUGGCUUCAUCAUCAACUAUGUUCAAAUCUUUAUCCAUGGCAAAUGGUUGUUUAACAUCUCAUCAUACAACCCUAAUCACUACUAAAGCGUCAUACCCAUUCAUUUCUAUACCUUCAAAACCUAUUAAGCUCACCAAUAUUUCUUCUUCUUCAUUUCCUUCACGGGGUUCUUUAAAAAACAAGAAUCCUUCAUCUGUUAUUGUCUCAGUAACAUCAGAUUGGGUUCCUCAAGAAAACGCUGUUGAAGAAGUAUCAGCAGAAGAAGAGGGAAGUUUGGAGAUUAAUGAUGAAGCUGGAAUUGAAGCAGAAGGAGACGGAGAGGUUUCAGAAGAAGAAUCGUUUGCUGAACCACCUGAAGAAGCUAAACUUUUUGUUGGUAAUUUACCUUAUGAUAUGGAUAGUGAGAAAUUGGCUGGAUUAUUUGACCAAGCUGGAGUUGUUGAGGUUGCUGAGGUUAUUUACAAUAGAGAUACUGAUCAAAGUCGUGGAUUUGGCUUUGUUACAAUGAGUACUGUUGAAGAAGCUGAGAAAGCUGUAGAGAUGCUUAACCGAUAUGAUGUGAAUGGAAGGCUUCUUACUGUUAACAAAGCUGCUCCAAGAGGUUCACGACCAGAACGCGUCGAGCGUGGCCCUAGAGACUUUCAAUCAUCUUUCAGAAUAUAUGUCGGGAACUUGCCAUGGCAGAUAGAUGAUGCUCGUUUGGAGCAAGUUUUCAGUGAACAUGGUAAAGUGUUAGACGCCAGGGUUGUUUUUGAUCGGGAAUCUGGUCGUUCACGAGGUUUCGGCUUUGUAACGAUGGGCUCACAGACAGAAGUAGAUGAUGCAAUUGCUGCUCUUGAUGGACAGAGCUUGGAUGGAAGGGCAAUUAGAGUUAAUGUUGCAGAGGAGAGACCUAGGCGCAAUUCUUUCUAAUUUUAUGUGCAGAAUGUAGAUGAGUGUCCGCGGUCCGAAGUCCCUUUUCUCUCACAGUCAUUUGUAAGUCAGCAUUUUCCUUCUUGAAUGAAGGCAAUGCUUUUUUAGGUUAUUAAUUGUUUUUUUGUUAUCAGAGACCGUGAAGCUUCUUAUUGGGUCUUCUUCUUCUUUGCAUGUUGAGUCACUUGCUUUCUUCUUUGUUUUGUAAACUUGCUUUGAGUUGGUCAGUGUGAUUAGUAAUAAUCUGAUCCCAUGCCAGGUACUAUUUUGUCCUAGC